CGUUACCUUUGGGGAGAGGGCGAGGUUUAAAUCGAUGAAGAGGAUGAAAUUCUGGCGCGGAUGGCGCGGAUGGCGCGGACAGCGACAUCCUCAACGUGCACGUAACCAGUCCAUGACUUGCAAAUAGCUCUUUUCACCAUGAAGCUGCUGAUUACGUGAAAAUUUAGCCGCUCGGAAGGUGAACUUGUUCGCCACGCUUCCCUCUGAACCGCGAGUUAAGAGAAUACUGGAAGUCUCCAUUGUGUAAUUGAGAAGUUUGGAUUACUUCGAAGUCUUUAUGUGGUGAAUAUUCAGUUGUCAGUAGAGGAUCGUAGGAGGAGGGAGCUGCUCUAAGUGCAACCAAUGCUUCGAGAAAGCUUGAUGCAGAUCGGAGAAGCUGCGAUGUGUGAAAGCUGAGAGUUUUUAUAUCUUCGAGAAAGAGGCGGAAGAAACUCCCAUUACUUUUGCAGGAGCUGUGUGUGAUAGUGAUGAUGUGUGCUCGAUGAGAGUUAUUGGUUCCUAGAAAGAUGCACAAGAAGGUUCUUGGUCUGCUGUGAACACUGACAAAGUUUGAACACCUAGGAGAUAGAGUAACUACGAAACAAAGUAACUACAUUUGAGGACUGUUUGCAGAUACAACGACUUGAGUGUGAUCAGAUUUCCGAGAAAGAGUUCAAUGGAAGAGGCAAAAACCAAAGAAGAUGGACAGGAGAGCCAAGAUUUGAAACUUGGCUUGUCUGAUGAUGGCAAAGACUCACCAACAGCCGUGGCCCCAGCUUCCGAAGUACCACCUGACCAGCCGACUGAAGGUCCUGGUUACCUACAGGAGGGGGAACUAGUUGAGGUGAAACAAAACGACAAGGGGCUGCGAGGUUCUUGGCACCCCGCGGUCAUUGUUCAGGUUCUGCCCGGUAAGAGGGUUGUGGAGUAUGAGGAACUUGUCACUCCCGACGGUCUGGAGAAGCUUAAGGAGACUAUACCAUUCAGGGAUUCGUCAAAAUCGGGUUCUAGAGCUUUGCGGGGAAGUGCAAAACCCAAGAAAUGGAAAUUGCGCAUCAGGCCUCGACCACCUCCUGCUCCGUCGUCGUCAACGAACACCUGGAUCGCGGGAACUUGUGUUGAUUGCUUCUAUCAGGAUGCGUGGUGGGAAGGCAUACUGAAGGAAGAUCUAAUCGACGAGAGUGAUAAGAAAGUAGUCGCAUCAAAAACUGUUGUCACAGUUUACUUUCCAGAUGAGAAAGAUGUUUCUGAACAUGAUGUCACCAAUUUACGGCCUACGCAAGACUGGGAUGAGAAGACAGGAACCUGGAAUCAGAGACCGUCUCAUCCAACACUCGCCAGUUUCAAAAAGCAGUCAAGGGACGAGAGAAAAGCUACAACGACUGAAGCGGAGGAUCCAAGGGAAAUUGAUCAACCCCAGGGUAAUAUUGCUCUCGACUUUGAGAACGCUGGUGAGGCUUCGGGAGACCCGACUUUUGAACAUCUUGAUGAGGAGGAAGACAGUAUCACCUAUCCUCAAAUGGAGCAAGGGGAUGGCACCCACGCAGCAAGCUCUGACACGGACGGUGCAGCUACACAGUGGAGGCAAAGACUGAAGGACGCUGGUUGGAAGGUUAAUGUGACCACACUGGAAUCUGGAAAGAGAAAGUGGUCCUAUGGGCCACCAGAGUCGCAAGGGGCAGACAAUCAAAGCCCGAAGUUGUUCUCAACAUUGUCCUCCGCGGCAGCAGAGUUCACUAAAUUGUUGCAAGAGCAGAUUGUGUCCGAAGAUGAUUCGACUAUCUUUACUUUAAAGGACGUAACUAGUUCUCGUGUGGCCAAUUCAGAUCCGAACGAAAGUGCGACAAUCAGCAACACGGCCAUAGUUGUGAUACCUGAGGCUGACAAGGAGCCAAACCAGCAUCAGCUGGAGUUGACUGAAGACGAGGCACGUGCAUGUCUUACUGAGAAGGGUUGGUCUGUCAACAAGAUUAUCCGCCACCAUGGCAGGAUCCAAUGGCAAUACAAAGCGCCGGGGCUCAGUGACAAACCGAUCCUGAUCUUUCACACUUUGUGCGGGGCUAUCGAGGAGUACAACCGUCGAUUAAAGACCAGCGCUGAUGGCGAUGGCCAGGCAGAAUUACCAAUCGGCCUAAUUAGGACCAAGCAAGUCAGUAACAAGACCAGGAAGAGAACUGAGGAUAAUGACCAUAAAUCUAUCAAGAGAACCCAUUGCUCAGUUGAACCAGAAGGUAUGGAAAUCUCAACUGGAGGAAAGAGUGAUUCUGAUCCAGACAUUGAUCUUCUGGCGGACACGUUUGCCAAGUCGUUUAGACAAGAUUCACAAGAUCCAUCUCACUAUCCUUCAGAAGUUGAGAUGGACCAUCAGGAUAACCGAUGUACCAACUCAGACAAGAAAACACCGGUGCGCUGUACUCCUGAAGGUGAGAAAUACAUGAAUGAACUUCAAAUCGAAGUGGAUACUGAUGAGGCUCGCGAGUAUCUGCGAGAAGCAGGAUGGACGAUCCGCGAAAUUGUUCGCAAAGGGAGGACUAGUUGGUUUUACAAAGCUCCAGCGUUCGGCUCUUCUCCGGCGGCCACAUAUCAAAGUCUGUCGAAUGCCAUGUCGGAGUAUAACAGUAGAGUCGUUAGCACCAAUCAGGUUGGCGUAGAGCAGAGACCUCUUUUUGUACUCCGAAAUCGAAGCGGUAAAAAGUUGCGAAAUCUUCAUCGUAAAACAGAUGAAGGAAUUUCUCCUCGUACCAACAUGGACGAUGUGGACCAAAAUCCUUCAUGUGGAACCGGAACAGCACCUAGAGCGGACACAAAUCCUUCAUCAGUUACAAGGGAGCAAGGAAGGAGGUUCUUUCCACCAAGAGAAGAUGAAAGAGAAAGCGAGAAAGAAUUCGUGGCUAUUUCCAGCCCAGAAGAAAUUUCAGCAAAUGCCGUAGAACCGUUGGCAUUCGCAUCAAGCAUUAAUGAAGAUGUGAAAAGCGUCGUGAGGAAACCUUUCGGGAGUUUGAUUGGAGAUGUUUUUGAGGAUGAUCGAGUGUACCUUCUACAAGUAUAUGUUCUCGACUUCAAGAAGGAACAGCUGCAGCUAUACGUCGAAGGUGACAGCUUGGUCAUCAAAGGAACGUACUUCAUUGACAAUCCUCACAGCGACAACAAAUUCUCCACCAAACAUUCUGGUGCUUUGAGCUGCAGAUUGAUGCUGCCUGAUGAUGUGAUACAUGCAUCAAUCACUGCUUCACAGCUGAAGCCGGAAACUCUUCAUCUGACUCUCCGUAAAGCCGUUAUUCCUCUUAAAAAGUUUCAGAUUUCCAUAAAAUGAGGAUCAAUGAGAUUCAUGAAAUCCCUUGCCAGACAUCAUUCAUCAUCGGGAACAUUCUCAGUUUGGUGAUCUCCAGCAACAGCCGAUCAAAAGCAUCGAAAACUGGUGAAUACAAUAAACAGCUGUACAUUUCCCUUCCCCUACCACAGGAGUUUCUACAGGGAGGCUGGAUCUAAAUUCAACAAUUGUUUCAAGAUUGGAAGGAUUGAAGGAUGACUUACACGCAUCUACGAACAGAAAGUCAAAUCAAAGUAUUGGAAUUAUAUGAUUGUCACGGUCCAUUUAUAUGUUGUUAUAUAACAGACUGCAUACUAGCUUUGCCUACCACCUCUUGAGAAAUAUGACAUUGAAUAUUUGUUUUACCUUUUUCCUUGUCCAUACUCUUGAUAAUGCGACCUUGUCAAUAGACAUGUAAUUAUCUCAUUGAACAUCAAACUUUCAACCUUUUUAUGAAAUAUGAAAGAUACUUACUUUCAUGACUUCUGAUAUGUAGUAAUCCUGUAGUAUUUAUGAGAGGGAUAUAAAAUGCAGACCCUAAAGUCAAUCAAUGAUAUGAUCAACAUUGU